UAUGGUUAAAACCGAUAUUCCUUACACAAUGAUAUGAAAGGUGAAUAUUUCAUUUGUUUUAAAUCAAGUCAUCCUGCUGUCAUGUUAGAAAUCUCAAAGGUUCAGCCUCGUAGAAGGAUUUAAAAGCAGCACUUCAACAAUAAUCGGAUUAGAAGGACUUGCAUAGCUCCAUGGUAUAAAGAAGAGAUAAAAGGAACCAGAGUUCCAACUUGCCACAAAGCAAGGCAGUGAGUUGUGGGGUGCAGAAUCAACCCAGGUUCUGAGCCAGUGAUUUUGAGCAUCACCUGGAGCAGGGAUGCCUGCAGACUUCAAUGGGUACUGGAAAAUGGUCAGCAAUGACAAUUUUGAGGAGUAUCUGAAAGCACUGGAUGUAAAUGUUGCUGUAAGAAAAAUAGCAAACUUGCUAAAGCCUGACAAAGAAAUCCUUCAGAACGGGGAUCAUAUGAUCAUUAAAACACUAAGCACUUUUAGAAACUACAUCAUGGAAUUUGAUGUAGGAAAGGAGUUUGAGGAGGAUUUAUCUGGGGUGGAUGAUCGCAAGUGCAUGACCACUGUGUCUUGGGAUGGAGAUAAGCUGCUCUGUGUGCAGAAUGGAGAGAAGGAGGGCCGUGGUUGGACCCAGUGGAUUGAAGGAGAUGAAAUGCACCUGGAAAUAAGAGUGUGUGGAGUCACAUGUAAGCAGGUCUUUAAGAAGGUGCAGUGAGCCUCUGCUGCUGCAGGACUGAAGAACAACAGAAUUUACUGACUUGCCAGCAACUCUCCAAAUGUUAGCACUGAGCAUCCUCAGCAACCAGAGCAAACACAGAA